UGAAGAGACCUGUAUGACUGGAUCGAUGGGAGAAACCAAAACGACUAGGAAUGUCUGCAGAUUCCUCUAGAACCUCUCCAGACCACUGCAGCAUUACUUGGUGUAGCUGGGCUGCCAUUUUCCAGGAUUCCAGGGGGGAUUAGAUUCCAGAAGAGUGACUUGUUGAACGGCAUGGGAGGGAAGCAGUCAAAGGAUGAAGUUAAAUAUCUGGACAAAAAGAGUCCGAUGCGGGGGGAGACCCUGUCUUCAGUGGACAGGAUUCGGAAGCAUGUCAGCAUGCGCUAUGGUUACAGUGUGCUGACCCUUACUAUGCAUGGCCUAUCAGAGACCCCUGAGGAGCUCUGGGAACUCCUGGAAGUGGAGAAGCUAAACUUGUCCUUGAACCGCCUGUGUACUCUGUCCUCUUCUGUGGGUUGCCUACAGAACCUGGUGGUGCUCAAUCUGUGGGGCAACCAGCUGCAGAGCCUGCCACCUGAAAUUGGGCUGCUGAGGAACCUGCGUGUUCUGUUUGCUUAUCACAACCACUUGACCCAAGUGCCUGAGGAGCUGGGCUCUUGCACUAGCCUUGAAGUCCUUAGCCUGGCAGGCAACCAGAUCACUGGGCUUCCAACCAGCCUGGCAGGCUUAGUCUCCUUGAAGAAACUCAACCUAAGUCACAACUUGAUCUUCCACAUCCCAGGGUGCAUCUACCGUAUGAGGAGCCUAGUCUUCCUGCAACUGGCCUGCAAUCAACUGGAGAACAUUGCUGACCAGAUCCAAGCCUUGGUCAACCUUAGAAUCCUCAUCCUGGAGGGAAACUGCAUCCACACUCUUCCCAGGGCACUAUGUUUCCUCACCUCUUUGGAGCUUCUUAACGUGGACUUCAAUGAUAUCCAAGAUGUGCCCACGGAGAUGCACCUGCUGACAAAACUGGAAAGGGUAGCUUGCCACCCCCUGGACAAGGGCCUGCACAUCCUGCACAACCCGCUGCUAAAGCCCAUCAGAGAAAUUCUGGAUGGAGGUCUAGGAGCCCUGUACAAUUACCUGAAGUCAGCAUGAUGGCUGCUGAAGAAGCU